AUGUUAGCCUCCCUGAUUCUUCUGUGGGUCUUCUUCAGCUUGCUCUUCUUUCUCUUUAGAGAGCAAAGGCCCAAAAACUUCCCCCCCGGACCACGGCUAAUCCCGAUAUUUGGAAGCACUCUUCACCUGAACCUGAUCAAUCCUCUCAAUGACUUCAGGAAGCUGUCGGAGCGCUAUGGGAACGUCUACAGUGUCUACUUUGGGAGCUUUCCAGUUGUGGUGCUGAACGGUCUGCAGGCUGUGAAGGAAGGGCUGGUCACUCACUCAGCAGAAUCUUCCGGUAGACCUAGAGGCUUUCUAAUCAACCAAAUGACAGAGAAUAAAGGGGUUGUCCUGAAUGAUGGGCCAGUAUGGAAGAUGCAACGGAGAUUUGCCCUCAUGACUCUGCGGAACUUUGGCAUGGGGAAAAAUUCUAUGCAGGCCAGGAUUCUGAAAGAGACCUCCUACAUCACCUCUUAUUUGGAGAAGAAUGCCGGCAAAACCAUACACCCCCAGACCCUGUUUCACAAUGCAACAUGCAACAUCAUCUGCUCUGUCCUGUAUGGGACUCGCUUGACGUACGACGACAAGUUUCUACAGCUCAUUGUCAGAUGCAUCACUCAGAACAACAAGAUAUUGAACUGUCGUUGGACACUGAUUUAUGAUUCAUUUCCGAUGCUGAGGUUCCUGCCCAUGCCCUGCCUCAAGGCCAUUGAGAACUACAACACCCUGAAAGAAGGCGCAGUGGCCCAGAUUUCCCAACACAAGAAGUCCUGGGUGCCCGGAAAGCCCCGGGACUUUCUUGACUGCUACCUAGAUGAAAUGGAAAAGAGAGGAGAUGACAAAUUCUCCUUCAGUGAAAGCCAGCUGGCCAUUUUACUGCUGGACUUCAGCAUGGGUGGAACAGACACCACUGCCAACACCUUCCUCACAGCCUUCCUGUACCUCAUGACUCACCCAGAUGUUCAGGAGAGGUGUCAGAAGGAGAUCGAUGAGGUGCUUGGAGAGAAGGAGCAGGUAUCUUUUGAGGACAGACACACGAUGCCCUACACACAGGCUGUGAUCCACGAGGUUCAGCGAGUCGCCGACACGGUGCCACUUAGCAUUUUCCAUGCCAUCACCAAAGACACACGGAUGAUGGGCUACGAUAUCCCAAAGGGAACCAUGAUCAUCCCCAACCUCUCCUCUGUACUGCGUGAUGAAAGCCAGUGGAAGUUUCCUCAUGAGUUCAACCCCUCCAACUUCCUAAACAAUGAGGGGGAGUUUGUGAAGCCAGAGGCCUUCAUUCCCUUCUCUGCAGGGCCUCGGCUGUGUCCAGGAGAGGCUCUCACACGCAUGGAGCUCUUCCUCAUUCUCGUGACGCUCUUACGCCGCUUCAAGUUCAUCUGGCCUGAAGACGCAGGGGUGCCUGACUACAAGCCCAUUUUUGGAUUUACCCACACACCCAAACCAUACAGAAUGGUUGUCAGACUUAGGGCAGAUCACUAAGUCUAGACAAACAAAUGUUUCUGAACAAACAAUUAUGAUCACGGUUAUAAACCCACAUUUCUAAUCAGAAUUGGCAGCAUGGUGUAGAGAUUAUGGAACUCAUUUGCUCUAAAUUGCUGUGGUCCAGUUAAAUAAUGUACAGAAUGUGCAGGACAGGAAUGUAUGAAAGAGGCUUAUGAACAGUGUCCCCCAUGGUUCAAAUUUAUGUCAGAUUAUUAUUGCCAUUAAUAUUAUAUUUCAGAAGAAUUGCCAAUGAUCAUUUUUAACAUCCCCAACUGAUAUUUAUUACUGCAUAAUAAUUGAUAAUCAUGAUACAUGUUUAUGUCAUCAUGUCUACACUUGCUACAUACUAAUUAAUAUUUUGUUUCUUACUGUUUUUUGUUUUUCCUAUGUUUUGCUUUGUCUCUGCUACUUUACAUUGUUCUGUUGUUUAUUAUGUCUAAAAACUAAAACAAUGUUGUUGAAAUUAUAUAUUCAUGUGAUUAUUUUAUUAUUAAUUGCUUAUCUUAUUAUUAGUUGCUUAUGCUGGAGUGAUCCAGAUCAUACAUAAUUGUUAAAGUACCAUAACUUGCUUUGUGCUAAUGAAUAUUAUUUUCUGUAACUGUGUGAGUGGAGAUGUCUCUCCCUGUCUGUAUUGUGGGCCUCCAAGGCUACGGCCAUUAACUGUGUGUUCUGGGUUAUCUUGUCUUGGUGCCUGAGAGCCUGCAGAACCAAAAACAUAAGACCUCAUGAGACCUCAUGACGGAAGCUACCAUGGGGAUUAUCUUCCUGGAAAUAGGGAGUUAAAACAAGAUAAGAUAGAUUUCUCAGACGCGCAGUUAAUUACACAGGCCCCUGCGUAUACAUCAUGCUGGAAUGUUUUGAGAACAUGUAUCUGCAUAGACAGUACCUUGAA